UUACCCAGUUACCUGAUUAAAAAAAGAAACGAACAAAAAGAGUCCAGACAAGCAGUUUAAGUGGCUUCUGAGUGGAUCGAGUGUGCUUGAGCGGGGAAAGCGAGGGAGGAGUAAGAUGGGAAGCUCCAACACCGGCGGAAAGGACGAUUCCGGCGCUAACGCUGGUGGUAGCGACUCCUCUAACGGCGGUGUUCCGGAUCCUAAGCCCGGCCUUUACACAGAAGGCGAGAAGGUCCUCGCUUAUCACGGUCCUCGCAUCUACGAAGCCAAGGUUCAAAAGACUGAGUUUCGUAAAAAAGAAUGGCGUUAUUUUGUUCAUUACCUUGGUUGGAACAAAAAUUGGGAUGAAUGGGUUGGCAUGGAUCGCCUGAUGAAAAUUACGGAUGAAAAUAUCCAAAAACAGCAGGCUCUGGAGAAGAAGCAAGGUGCAGACAAGCAAAAUAGGACUGGACGUUCCAAUCAGACAAAGCCCAAAAGUUCUACUGAUGCAAAAGUGGAUAAAGAAGACGUCAAGAGCAAUGUGGCAAAAGGGAAAAAGCGAAAGGGUGAUGAGAAGGAAAGUGUCUCUGCAGAAAAACUUGUGAAGAUCCAGAUUCCAUCAAUGUUGAAGAAGCAAUUGGUAGAUGAUUGGGAACUUGUUACACAAAAGGAUAAGCUAGUUAAACUGCCUCGCUCUCCAAAUGUGGAUGAUUUAUUGAAGAAGUAUCUUGAGUAUAGAACAAGAAAGGAUGGCAUGAUGACUGAUUCAAUUACAGAAAUUUUGAAUGGAUUACGUUGUUAUUUUGACAAAGCAUUGCCAUUGAUGCUUUUGUACAAAAAGGAGAGGCAGCAAUAUCACGGGGCUGUAACUAAUAAUGUACCCCCAUCAACUGUAUAUGGGGCAGAACAUCUACUGCGUCUGUUUGUCAAAUUGCCGGAGCUGUUAGCCUAUGUAAAAAUUGAAGACGAGACAAUGACUCGCUUGCAGCAAAAAUUAGUUGAUUUUCUCAGAUAUUUGCAGAAGAACCAAAAUACCUUCUUUCUCUCUGCCUAUGAUGGCCCCAAAGUUACAGAAGCAGCGACUAAGAGUAAAGAAAUUUGAGGCCGCCCUAUUGGUUUGGUGCUCUUAGAUUUUGAACACCCUGAGUGAAAGAUCAGAAGCACAAAGAGUUUCUUUAACCUUGCGAAUUAGGUAUAACACGUCUGCAUUGUCAUGCAGUAUACCAAAUGCCAUAAAUUCUCUUGUGUACUACAUGAACUGUAGAGUAGUAAGCUUUCCCUUUUUUCAAUUUCUCAGGCACCAGCCUGUCCAAGCAUUCUUUGUAGUCUAUGUAUGUGUUUGUAGAGCCAAAGGGAGUUCAUGACCUGUAAUUAUAUAUAGCUCCUUUGCAUAUUCAAAUCAGGGUAGAACUUGUUACUCAGAAACAAGCACAAUAGAUGUAUCAUGUAUGUAGUGCUGUGUACCAAUUUUUUAAAUUUAUAUACUGUUAGGUCA